CGUUUCCCCCUGACCAAUCGUGGCAGGGUGGGCGGGGCUCAGGAAGAGCGCGGAGGAGGUGGGGGCGUGCGUGCGUGCGUGCACGUGUCAGAUCCCUCUGGGAAGCCUCAGCAGUGCUUCAUUAAUUGAUGAAAGUGCUGACUCAUCACAACAACUUAAUGAAUGGAAGUGACGGGCGUCUCCUCUGUGGGGGCCACGCAGAAGUAGGUCGCAUGAAAGAUGGAUGGUGUGAGGCCGGGGCCGUCACGACACACCAGCCCACCCCAUGCUUUCGUCCUGAUGUUCCGCCUCGGAGCUUCACUGCCCUGGGAACUGAAGCCACCACCUGCUGCAGAGACGGAACCUUCUGCGGCGCCACCACCAGUGCAAGCUCCAGCCUCUGUCCUGCUCCGUCUCCGCUCCUGAGUCCAGGGCAGCGCCUUCACUUCCACUCUUUUGUCCUGUUUCAGGUGGCAUUUCAAGAGUGUGCCUCCACUCCCUCCGCAGCACCAGGUAUGUCUGAAGAGACAGAAGGUUAAAGGGCAGAAAUGUGGAAGGAAAAAGGUUUGACGCUCAUGGAAGGAUCUGGAAAACAGGUCAGAACCUUCAGAGUUCAGUGGAUGGAGGAGAAGAAGAGGCCAGUUCAGGAGGAGUGAGGCUGCUCUGGGGUCUUCUCAUCUUCAACAGGACCGCACCGCGGGUCCUCACAGAGACGAGGGCCACAGCGGUGGAACAUGUGGGUGACCCCCGACCCCCUGCACACACAGGCUUCAUCACGGCGGUUCAACUGGAUCUGACUCACAGGUCACAUGGUCUGAAGAAGGAUCUGAGGUCCUGGUCUCAGGUGGUGACUGGACCGGCCCGGCGUGAGCAGCACUUCCAGGUGACCAUUCAUGGAGCACUUGACAGGAAGCCCUCCUCCAUGUGUGAGAGGGUGACGGUCCUGCCUUGAUCUCUGCUGCCACCCAGUGGAGGAUGCCCGUACUCGCAGCAUCGACCACACACACACACGACAAGUCACAUGACUGCAGCUGUUGCUAAACUGAGCUGGUCUCUUAACAGAGGACGGUGAAGUGGACGGCAGUGAGUCAGGACCUUUCACUGGCUUCGCUCUCAGCGCUGAGACUCCUCCCAUCUGGACCUCACAGGGUUCUGCUGGUGAAGUCAUGCCACAGAUGAGACCCGGGUCAGGAAGGGUGGGGGAGGGAGGAUGGACUGUUCCUCACUUGGAUCAGAACCUCUCUGCAGCUGGAACAGAUGACAGAAGUGAGUCUGGAUCAGACUGGGUCGAGCCGGUUCCGAACAUGGAUCGGUCCUUUAUCCUCCUGCUGGCCCUCUGUCUGACCUGCAGCCCAGUCCGGAGCCAGAGCCCGGGUCAGGACUCCUUCAUCAUCCAGUACCUGGAGAGAAGACUGCUCCAGAUGGAGGUGAGGACGUGUGGGAGCAACUCUGAGUUCACGUGUGUUCCAUGUGUGCUUCGCUGCCAGGCCUCUGGCCUGUGCUCAGCUGCCCCUCCUGGACGCUGAGCUGCAUGAAUGAGUGAAUUCCUCCGCUCCCUGUGAGGCCUCCACUUCCACGUGGCCCAGCUGCUUCACUCGCUCAUCUGGCUGCGACGUGUGCAGCGCGCCUUUCUCUCCACCUCCUCCCCUCUGUCUGUCCUCAGGAGCGCCUGAGCCGCUGCGAGCAGAACACGGCCCGCCUCACGCAGACGACCUACGACCUGUCCUCCCAGGUCAGAGGUCAGGAGCCAGGUGGACGGCGUGUCGGCCCGGGUGGACCGAGUGGAGCGGGAGCUGGAGUACCUGGAGAAGAAGAUCCCGCUGUCGUCCGACAUCCAGAUGGAGGAGGCUCUGCUGGAGCAGCAGAUCCAGGCGGCCGAGCUGGAGCUGAUCCAGAACAGGGCCAAGCUCCAGCUGCAGAGCGCAGACUGCAGCGUGGCGCUGAGUCAGAUCAAGUCCCUGAAGAUCGUGAAGAAGACGGGAGACGUUUCUGGAUCCUGGUUCAAGGACCCGACAGCAGGCUCCCAGAAGAUCUACCUGCUGAGCGGCGUCCGGAACCACACGCUGCUGGAGUUCGGCUCCCUGCAGAGCUUCAGCAGCGCCACCCCCCCACCCAGAGUCCUCCAGCUGCCCGCGUCCUGGCAGGGCACCGGCCACGUGGUCUACGGCGGCUUCCUCUUCUACCACAAGGCCGACACCCCCAACCAGAUCCUCAAGGUGUCUCUGGAGAGCGGCGGCGUGGUGGACAGCGCCCUGCUUCCCGGGGCCGGGCGCCUCCCUGUCUACGGCCUGAACCCCGACACCUACCUGCACUUGGCCGUGGACCAGCUGGGCCUGUGGGUGCUUCACGCUGACCCGGACUACGCUGGGAACCUGAUUCUGACCAAGCUGGACAAAGGUGGGUCGACGUCGUUUCUCCCCCGUGAAGACGCAGCAGCCUGUCUGUGCCUCCUCCCCAGCCAGCCUGGCCGUGGAGCUCACGUGGGACACGCCGUGCCAGAGCCGCGACGCAGAGGGAGCCUUCCUCAUCUGCGGGACUCUCUACGUGGUCUACAACUCGCGUCACGGCGGGCGCUCCGCCGUCCAGUGCGUCUACGACAUCCACCACACCCUUGGCAGGCGAGUGGAAAGGUCAGGCUCCUCUGGUGUCUCCCAGGUCAAAGCUGUCCCCUCUCUGCAGCGGGGAGACUCCCGUCCGGUUCUUCCCCAAGCGCUACACCAGCCACAGCAGCCUCAGCUACCACCCCGGCGACCAGCAGCUCUUCACCUGGGACGACGGCUACCAGACCGUGUACCAGGUGGAGACGCGCCGGAACCUUGCGCAGCCCGCUGGCGGCUGACCACCGGGCCAGAGUGGCGCCUCUGUCCCCGCAGCUCUGCGGUGGCUUCAGCUUGUUGCUCAACAAUAAACCUUUGCUCGGCUGCCUGAAUCACUGGGAAUGAUCGCAAGGUCCGAUGCCGGGUGUGACGUUGCUGCGAGCUGUCAGACCUUUCACACUAUGAACGCAGGCUCCGUCGACCGUGCGACACUCGGAGCUGCGCGUGAACACGCACGUGACCAGUCGAAUCACAGCCAGAAAACGUUAUGAGUCCCGACAGAGGACAUUAUGUUGGCGGGAAUAAGACGUCGCGGCUCGUAUGUCUCUGAACUAGAGGCCAAAGGUCCCGCCCCCCACUGCACCGGAAGGCCCGCCCACUGGCUGGGCUCCCGCCGGAGAUUUGACCCACU